AUGACUGACAAUAUUAUCGAUGGACUUGUCAAUAUGUUCAUCAGGCCAGAGGGCGCUGGUGAAAGCACCGAAGGUGCGACGUCAGCUAGCAAGGUUAUCGAUAGUAUUAUGAUACAAGGCGUCUACGAUGCCGGAGAUGACACUGGUGGCAAAGCCUUUGGGAAAUUUGUCGGCACCGAGAUAGCUAGAGAAGCUGUUUUCACUGCCGGUACCGUAGUUCUUCAAGCCUUCCUGGCCAAUGCCAUCAUGAAGCUACAGCAGAACAGUCAGGCACAGUCUGCAAGACCAUCAGUGAUCAUUCUCGAAUUCAGAUUUGCUAGGCCAACGCUUUAG